CCCAGCUCCAGGGAGCUGUCCUCCAUUCAGCCCACUCAGGGCUGCACCACCGCUUCCAGCCGGACGGAGCUCGGCCACCGCGCCGGGGCCUGUCCCAGGUCUGGGCGGGUGACCUGCCGGGCCACUUUGGUGGGGCCCGGGACCCGCACCUCCGGCCAGCUCUGUGCCCUCCCUGGAGCUGCCGGUCACCAGCAGAGCCCAGCCCCUUCAUGGAAAGCCCUGUGCGGUGGCCGCUGGUGAUGGCCUCCGACAGCGACGUGAAGAUGCUGCUGAACUUCGUGAACCUGGCGUCCAGCGACAUCAAGGCGGCCCUGGACAAGUCUGCACCCUGCCGCCGCUCCGUGGACCACCGCAAGUACCUGCAGAAGCAGCUCAAACGCUUCUCCCAGAAGUACUCGCGGCUCCCGCGCGGCCUCCCCGGCAGAGCAGCUGAGCCCCAUCUGAAGAGGGGACCUGAGGACCGGGCCGGCAGGCUGCCCCUCGACGGCCUUGCGCCCAGCCCCGGCGGGGGUGGGGGCUGCAAGGAGAAGGCUCUGGGGAACCCCGACGGGGAAGAAUGUCUCUCUAAGCAGCAGCCCCUACCCGGGCAGGAUCCAGAAGCUGCCAGAGCUGGCCAGGUGCCCAUGAGGAAAAGACAACUGCCAGCUUCUUUCUGGGAGGAGCCACGGCCCACCCACAGCUACCCCAUGGGGCUGGAGGGGGGGCUGGGCCCCAGGGAGGGAACUCCCUAUGAGGGUAAGAAAAAUUGCAAGGGCUUGGGGCCCUUGGGGCCCGAGACUACCCCGGUGCCGGCUUCCCCGCGGGUACUGGCAGAGAAGGAGCCCCUCAAAAUGCCAGGGGUCUCCCUGGUGGGCCGCGUCAAUGCCUGGAGCUGCUGCCCCUUCCAGUACCAUGGACAGCCCAUCUACCCGGGCCCUCCGGGGGCCCUCCCCCAUGGCUCCGUCCCCAGUCUGGGGCUGUGGCGGAAAAGCCCGGCCUCCCCUGGGGAGCUGGCCCAUUUCUGCAAGGAUGUGGGCGACCCUGGGCAGAAAGUGUACAGACCAGUAGUUCUGAAGCCCAUCCCCACCAAGCCGGCCAUGCCCCCACCCAUCUUCAAUGUCUUUGGCUACCUCUAACCUGGCCCGGAGGGUCUUGGCCCCCACCUCUGUUUGUAGGAGAGCUGGGACGCCCUGGGGGGCUCUCCUUGUGAGGAGGUGGGCAAGGACGGUGGGCCUUUCAACUGGGCAGUGGUGUGGCCUCUUGGGCCUUCCAAACAGCCCUUCCCAUUGUGUGGGAGGGGGUGAGGGCAAGAUCCAGGCAGGGGCUCCUCUGGCAGCCUUGGGAGCUGUGGGGCUGGGCUCGUUUGGCCCCCUCCCCAACCAGGCCAGAGUCUACCAGCUAAUGCCACCGUCCCCACAGCACACCAUGGGACGGUGGGACUUGGCCCUUGCCUUCAGACACCCCAGAAGCCAGAGUUACCCAUCUAUUCAUCUGCCACCCACUGUGUAAGCCCAAUCUCAGUUUAUUUUUGUUCUCUGUAAAUAAUAAAAAGUUUAAAAGAAU